UCGCGCUUGCGUACUCGCUCCCUCACACUACACUCGCUACAGCCCCCAAGGCUACGGUGGUACGCUCGACGAGAGGCGACAAGCUUAUCACAUAUUGUUUUGAAGGUGUCUGCUCAUCCUUUUAACUCUCAGGACCAAUUACGUGAGCGUACAUCGAAGACUGCCCUUCAUUAUUGUGCUGUGUGAAACAUUGUUAGGACCCUUUGGCAGCUCAAUAUAUCAUAUGAGAUAUGCAGACAUUAGAAGCUCUAUUGGAGAAAAAAAUACCUGAUGAUUAUAUGAAAAAUUACAAGAAAACAAUUCACUCAAAGCUGCAAAACAGUCCCGACACAGUCAGGAGUGAGUCUAACGGAUGUGAUCAACCCUUGCAAAAUGGAGACAAUAUUGUGAUUUCCCCACUAGACAGUCUUGUUUCUCCGAGUCCGGUUGUGAAGACCAUGCCCCUUGCUGCUCUGUCUUCUAAUGGAGUUGCAGGACAUGGGAGUUUCAAACUUGUGCCUUCGCCUGAAGGAGGCAUUGCCCAGCUUAAAUCAGGUGUAUUGCAAAUUAGGGCAGUUGGUGCAAAUAAUAGAAUUGUUGGCACUCAUAAUCGAAGAAUUCUCCCAGCUACUAAUGGUGACUUGGAGGAAACCCUCAGACUGCUUGCACCGAGUAGCAAUGGUGAUGGUCGAAAAAAAUUUAAAAUAACUACUGUGCCUAAAAUGGUUCCACUGAUAAAUACAGUUGGAAAUCAAUCCAAACUUUUGCCUUUCCAAGCAUCUGAGGUUUCACCUCAAUUGAAACCUUCCCUAAAACUUUCAUCAAUAUUAGAAGCAAGAUUAUCAUCAAAGCAGGUGGCAGGACCUUCCUCCAUCUCCAGUCGUGAUCCUGAAUCAAUAUCUUUAUCUAAGAACAAUAGUGUAUCAGAAUCACAGGAAAGCUUAAUCUUGGAUGCAUCAACAACUACUCUUGAAAAGGUACCUCAAAACCAAGGUUAUACAGUUCAAAGGAAUCGGAAAACAACCAUUAGUUUUGAAAGAGGAGCGACUAGGAUUGUCUCAACAAAGGCGAAGAACACUCAGACCGUAGAUAUUGGAGUGCAAGUCUAUAUGCCAGAUCCUGAGGAAGAUCUUGAAGGCAACCAGGUUCACUUACCAAACCCAAUACCGCCCCUGCAACCCAUCUCAUCAACUGCAGGUCCUAUGCAUCCUGCAACUUCAAUUUCUACUUUGCCUCAGAGUGAAUAUGUUAUUGUUGACACAAAGAAUGGGAAAAGGAUACUAUCCAUCCCAAAACAAAUGGCUGGCACAAAGACGACGUUUGUUAUAGAUGGAAAAAUUGCUUCCAUUUCCCAACCAAGUAAUAGUAGUGUAACAUCUUCUAAGAGCAUUUUGCUGUCAGAUCCCCACUUGGGCCAAAAUAGGUCCAAUUUAGUGACUGCUGCUUCAUUGACCUGUGACACUGUCACAACACCAAGCAUAUCUACUCCUCUCCAAGUCCCUAGCAGUAACUCUUUUAUUUUGUCAGUUCCGACUCCAACAGGAGCAUCUAGAAGCAUGCAGACAGUAAUCGGCUCUAGUGCAUUGAGCUUUAAUCAUAAGGUUCCAUCUGAUAGGUUAGUCUUGCCCUUAAAUUCUCCUGUAACAUUUGAGGGGAAAUUGAGUUCAAUGGACUCACCAGCAGAUUCAGUUGCUUCAUCCCAGUCACGUUUCCAGAUUACUGCUAAUUCUGAUUCAAUAGUUCUGCCUCUUAAUUCUCCAAUCAAGUCUUCAAAUAUCAGAAGACAAAAUAAUAGUGAAAUAUGCACAAUCCCAAAUACUACUUCCUUGUUUAUCAUGGUACCAAAUGACAGAAACCUAGCAACAUCUCUUGAUGAAGCAGGUGAAGCUAUUUCUAGUUCAAACAUAUUGAAACGGAAAGCAGCAGUUUUGAAAAACGAUUUUCCAUCAUUGAAAAAAAGAUGCCCAGAGCUUUUAAAGAGUUCUAGUGAUACUGUUGAGGCUUGUGAAAAGGGAGGCGUGCAGCAACACCGCAAUGGACAGAUCCACACUUCACCAGACUCUGCUUUGAACCCAAAUGAGUUCUCAGCUCCACCUUCAAAAGAAGAUAUAAACUGUCUAGUGAAAAAUGCUUUCUUAGAAUUCAGAAAUUGUUUGGUACCUGAUAAGGAUGGCAAACUACCUAUUCAUUUGGCUGUUGAGAAUAAUGAUCUUGCUGCAGUUAAACGUCAAUGUAUUGUAUUAAAAGCUCGUAGGUCGUCAAUUGACAUACCUACUUCAAAAGAUGAGAGCCCACUUCAGCUAGCCCUGUACCAUGGGCACUGUUCAAUUGCUGCCUUACUGCUUCAACAUGGUGCAGAUGCUUCAAUCACUGACCAAGAAGGCAACACAGCACUUCACCUUGCUGUAAUGCAUGCUGAAGAUAUUUUUGAGUCUGUGUUCCUUUCUCGGCAAUAUACCAUAGAAUUUGUAAAUAAUCUAAAUGAUGAAGGGUUCGCUGCUCUUCACCUUGCAGCUCAACAGGACAAAAUAAGUGCAAUUCAAUGGCUUAUAAAUCAUGGGGCUGAAGUUGACCUUCCUGAUGGAACAUGUGGAAGAACAGCACUAUUUCUUGCUAUUGAACGCAAGAGUUACAGAGCCCAAAAAGCUCUUCUAGCUAGUGGAGCCGAUAUGAGGGAGCCAACAUUCUCAGGUUCAACUCCCUUCCAUCUUACGAAAGCAGAUACAAUAGCUCAUUUAACUUCGGGUCAAGAUGCUGUUGCUGAAUUCAUUGAUUCAGAUGCUCUUUUAAGAUCCCCAAGAUCCUCUAGUCCAUCUGAAGAGAAUUAAAGUGGGCCAUCAGUCUUCUUCAAAUUUCACAUUUUGCAGUGUGUUUUUAGGUUUGAUCUUGUUUUAUUGUUUUAUUUUGCAAUUGCCUUGUAUGUUUUAUUUAUAGUCAAGUAGAAUUAUUCUUGCUGAAUCUGAUAACUUAUAGAGUCAAGUGUAUUGAAUUCAUGAAGUAUGAAGUAUCAACAGCUCUUCAGUCUCAAAAUAUUCUGUUUUUAUUUUUAUUAUCAUUUUGUAAGGGAUUUGAAUCCAGUAUGUGGUCAGUGCCCUAAAAAAUUUGCUUCAUCCUUUUCCAUCUGAAUAAAACUAAUUCUUGGUAGUAAUGAAUUAAUGCAAAGGAAACAACAUUUUGAAACCUCGUGAAGCUCAUAUUUGCACAAUUUUUUUUAUACUAUGAGUUAACUGCUUUUUAAGAAAAAGUUUUAAGUGUGAAGGGCAGUGAAGCUGGUUACACUGUGCAAACAUGUGCAGUUUAAUGUUUCAAGGUACAGAACAGGCCAUAAAAACAACAAUAUGGUGUUUGGCUGUACAUAGUCUUGAUGACUGAUUUUCCCUUGUAUAAGUUCUGUAUCAGUGUAUCAGUUCUGUUUUAUACAUAUCAUAUCUUGUUAAUACUCUGUUGUAUAAUUAUCAUUAUAAGAAUUGUCAUUAAUUUUUAUUAGUUUUUGUUCUAUUUAUUUUUUCUUCAAAUGAAGGAAUGAAACCAGUUAUUAAAUUGUCAGUUUUGUGGUGAGCCUGGUCCAUGCAGCUAGGAAGAAUCUGUGAUUUAUUUCUUUUCAAAUUCUGAGAGAGGUGCCAAUUUUUCUGUUGAGGACUCCACAUUGUCAUGCCUGAUCCUACAACUAAUUUUAAGUGGACAAGAAAUUUUCCUCUAUUAGGGCAUGUGUUUUUGUGUUAGCAAUGGAAAAAGAACAACCGAAGCAUAAAUAUUUACACUGUUUCCCCAGUGUUAACAACGAAAGUGUUCAUUAUCUGUGAUUUUAAUUAAGGCCAAAUAAGCUUCGAGUAAAAGUUGAAAUUUUGUCGUCACCCUGUGUGUAUCCUGUGUGUGUCAAUAUUGCAUAAUAACAAACCAUGUAACAAUAAUAAUGCAUCAACCUGUGUAUUGGACUGUCAAUAAAUAACACAUAAAAACAA